UAGAUUGAAUUGAAUUCCCAUGAUGCUUUACAAAUGCUCUCCUAAUUUAGGUGUAAUUAAGAAAGGGAGGAAAAUCAAAGCAUGAGCCCAAGAAGAGAGUGAGGGAGCCUAUUAAUGCCCAGAAAACAAACGUGUGGGUGAAAUCUUGAUGAAGCUGUAAAGUGCUGCUGUUCUGAAAAUGUGGAAGGAGAGGGGUGCCUGGGUGGCUCAAUGGGUUAAGCAUCAGACGCUUGGUUUCAGGUCAUGAUCUCAUGGUUUGCGAGUUUGAACCCUGCAUCAGUCUCUGUGCUGACAGUGAAGAGCCUGCUUGGGAUUCUCUCUCCUUUUCUCUCUGCCUCCCCACUGCCCAUUCUGUCUCUCUUUCUCAAAGUAAAUGAAUAAACUGAAAAACAAAAUGAGGAAGGAGAAAGGACUUCCUUCCAUGUUUACUUGAUCUAGACACCUAGCUAGAAGUGACUAUAAGUUCUCAUUAAUGUUUUACUUAUUUAGCUCCUCAGCAAAUGAUAAUUUAAGAUGAGUUGAACAUGAAAGUUUGCUGAGGAUAGGAAUGAAUGGCCCUUUGGUUUCAUAGUGACCAUGAAUUUUGCUAAUGAUAGAGCCAAGGGUAAUGCACUCGUUUUCAUAGGACUUGGGGAAUAGCUUGUCUGAUGCUUAAGGGGAAAUCAAGGUUGAGUUUUUAGUUAAUGUAUUAUCAAAGAAAAAUUCAGAUUUGAGAGCAUUGAACUUUUUGUGGGGGGAGGAGGCACAUCAUGCACAUUUAAAAAAUCAUACAGUCUUAACUGCUCGAUCCCAGCCCUCACUCGGAAAAUUGCCCUGUAAUGCACCAGUUGAGAUGUUGAUGAAAACAGACAGAAAAGAGAAAAAACACAGAAAGUAGGCCUUUAUCAUUUAGGUCUAAGGCACAUGGAUAUUCAUUUUGCUAGCUUAUGCCACUACACAUGAUUGAAGGGGUUUUGAUAUUGACCAAAAUGCUCAGGGUUGUUUUCUUAAAAUACAUCUUGAUGACUGGACUUGGUGGAAUUAGCAGCUUCUUUGGUUUCACAGUAUUGCAUCCUUAUAAACUGUUCUUUCACCUCAGAGCUGUGUCCAAAUGGAGACUGAUAUAAAAAGGGGGCCACACGAUCACUGACAUUGACGGAGUGCUUUCUAACCUUCCAUCCUUCUUUUUUUUUUUUUAAUGAAGUCCACCUAAAAAAAUUUUUUUAAUGUUUAUUUGAGAGAGUGCAUGCAAGUGGGGGAGGGAAGACAGAGGAUCUGAAGCAGGCUCUCUGCUUUCAGCACAGAGAUGUGGGGCUCGAACUCCUAACCAUGAGAUUAUGACUUGAGCCGAAGUCGGCUGCUUAACCGACUGAGCCACCCAGGUGCCCCUGACCUUCUGUCCUUCUUCAGUAAACAUUUCUGAGGUAGGACUGAUGGCUGGAGUUGGUGGUUUGGAAUGACCACUGGUCGAGCCUCUUCCAAGUGCCCUGGCACACAGCUGUCUGGUAUUGCUCAGAGAUCAUUGACACACAGGUGGUAAUGCUGCGAGGGGUAAUUAGUUGUAUGCUGUAGACCAUAUAACAAUUUUGGUGUAAAAGAUUUUGAUUUAAAAAAUAACCAAACUCAGGGGCACCUGGGUGGCUCACUUGGUUAAGCAUCUGACUCUGCGUUUCGGCUCAGGUCAUGGUCUCACUGUUCGUGAGUUCAAGCCCUUGCAUUGGGUUCUGCAUUGUCAGUGCGGAGCCUGCUUGGGAUUCUCUCUCUCACCCUGUCUCUGGCCCUCCCCUGAUUGUACUCUCUCUCUCUCUCAAAAUAAAUAAAUAAACUUAAAAAAAAAUAGCCUAAUUCACACAUUUUGUAGCAGAAAAUGAUGCAUCAUGUUCUUCCAUGAGGUUCUUCAGUGGUGAAGCAGUUGGUUAGUCUUAGAAUACUUCUGGGCAGUCCGCUUGAAGAUGGGUCUGUGCAGCAUGGUUUUUAUUUUUUCCUCCAUUCCCCCUGUCUCCUUCCCUCCCUCACUGUUGAACUAUUUCAGUUUUCUAAUUCUCUGCUGACAAAUUCCAGGAAUAUCAGAAACAUGCAGUAUAUAUCUGUUAAAGGACAUGUACCCCCCCUUUUAUUUUAUAAAGGAAUAUUAUAGAGGGAAAAUACUAGCUUCAUCAGAAGCACAUAGAUCUAUUUCUAAAAUGCUUUUCACUCUUUUUUUUUUUCUUCUUCUUGAAGGUGAAGUGGCUACAAGUAAUCUGUUCCAUUUGAAUGAACAGGCAUGUAAUUCAAUUGGGUUUAUCUUCUAUUGCAAACUCUUUAGUUUUUGGUAAUAGAGCUAUCUGUUUUUAAAAAUGUGUGCAUACAUAUAUUUGGAACUGUGUGUGUAUAUUAAUGCAGUCUAGUCCGGAAAGCAUUAGAAUUGGUAAAAGCUUGGGUUUAAUGCCUCCUGAGAUUUGGAGAAGCCCCAUCAUUGCCAAACAUAGUCUUGCUCCUACUGAGCUAAUAAUGGAUGAUUUGGGGUCUUAACACGUGCGAUCAUACAAUUUUUUUUUUUUUUUUUUUUUUUUUUUUUUAGGUGAAUGCCUUUGGGUGUUGAAGUGAUUGGGCUUCCCAGCUGGCUAUUUUUAGGCUAUCUCUUUUUGGGAGACUGUGUUGAAAGGCAACUGGGUUCCAAAAUGGGAGAAAUAAAGUCCAUAGAAGGUCUUUGUCAACCUGUUGGCAAUAGAUCAAGUAGUUAAAGAGGAGAAACUUAACAGUGUCUUUGUCUUUGUGAUUUCAGGAGUGAUUACUGUUCUGAAGUGAGCAUUGGAGGAGGAUCCAUUAGGCCAUCAGAAUGGAAAUGAGGAAAGGAAAUCAGCUGACGCAGGAGCCGGAGUGAGACCGACGUGCCCACAAACCCAGCCUGCACCAUGAACUUGUGUCUCCCUUCUGCGCUUUAAGAGCCAAGGGCAGGUGAAGUUGCUGGAGAGCAAUGGCUUUCUUUACUCCGUGGAAGUUGUCCUCUCAGAAGCUGGGCUUUUUCCUUGUGACUUUUGGCUUUAUCUGGGGUAUGAUGCUCCUGCAUUUUACCAUCCAGCAGCGAACUCAGCCUGAGAGCAGCUCCAUGCUGCGUGAGCAGAUCUUGGACCUCAGCAAGAGGUACAUCAAGGCGCUGGCAGAAGAAAACCGGAAUGUGGUGGAUGGGCCAUACGCUGGUGUCAUGACAGCUUAUGAUCUGAAGAAAACACUUGCUGUGCUUUUGGAUAAUAUCUUGCAGCGCAUUGGCAAGUUAGAGUCAAAGGUGGACAAUCUUGUAAUCAAUGGCACGGGAACAAACUCGACCAACUCCACCACGGCUGUUCCCAGCUUGGUAGCACUUGAGAAAAUUAAUGUGGCAGAUAUCAUUAAUGGAGCUCAAGAAAAAUGUGUAUUGCCUCCUAUGGAUGGCUACCCCCACUGCGAGGGGAAAAUCAAGUGGAUGAAAGAUAUGUGGCGCUCGGAUCCCUGCUACGCAGACUACGGAGUGGAUGGGUCCACCUGCUCUUUCUUUAUUUACCUCAGUGAGGUUGAAAACUGGUGUCCUCAUUUACCUUGGAGAGCAAAAAAUCCCUAUGAAGAAGCUGAUCAUAAUUCAUUGGCGGAAAUCCGUACAGAUUUUAAUAUUCUCUACAGCAUGAUGAAAAAGCAUGAAGAAUUCCGGUGGAUGAGACUCCGGAUCCGGCGAAUGGCUGAUGCAUGGAUCCAAGCAAUCAAGUCCCUGGCAGAAAAGCAGAAUCUUGAAAAGAGAAAGCGGAAGAAAGUCCUUGUUCACCUGGGACUCCUGACUAAGGAAUCUGGAUUUAAGAUAGCAGAGACAGCUUUCAGUGGUGGCCCUCUUGGUGAAUUAGUUCAGUGGAGUGAUUUAAUUACAUCUCUGUACUUACUGGGCCAUGACAUUAGGAUUUCAGCUUCACUGGCUGAGCUCAAGGAAAUAAUGAAGAAGGUUGUAGGAAACCGAUCUGGCUGCCCAACUGUAGGAGACAGAAUCGUUGAGCUCAUUUAUAUUGAUAUUGUGGGACUUGCUCAAUUCAAGAAAACUCUUGGACCAUCCUGGGUUCACUACCAGUGCAUGCUCCGAGUCCUGGACUCAUUUGGCACGGAGCCAGAGUUCAACCAUGCUAACUAUGCCCAGUCUAAAGGCCACAAGACGCCCUGGGGCAAAUGGAAUCUGAACCCACAGCAGUUUUAUACCAUGUUCCCUCAUACCCCAGACAACAGCUUUCUGGGAUUUGUGGUUGAGCAGCAUCUAAACUCCAGCGAUAUCCACCACAUUAACGAAAUCAAAAGGCAGAACCAGUCCCUUGUGUAUGGCAAAGUGGAUAGCUUCUGGAAGAAUAAGAAAAUCUACUUGGACAUUAUUCACACGUACAUGGAAGUGCAUGCGACCGUUUAUGGCUCCAGCACGAAGAAUAUUCCCAGUUAUGUGAAAAACCAUGGCAUCCUAAGUGGGCGGGACCUACAAUUUCUUCUCCGAGAAACCAAGUUGUUUGUUGGACUCGGGUUCCCUUAUGAGGGCCCAGCUCCCCUGGAGGCCAUUGCAAAUGGAUGUGCUUUUCUGAAUCCCAAGUUCAGCCCACCCAAAAGCAGCAAAAACACAGACUUUUUCAUUGGAAAGCCAACACUGAGAGAGCUGACAUCCCAGCAUCCGUAUGCUGAAGUGUUCAUUGGCCGGCCCCAUGUUUGGACGGUUGACCUCAGCAAUCAGGAGGAAGUGGAGGAUGCCGUGAAAGCAAUUUUAAGUCAAAAGAUUGAGCCAUACAUGCCAUAUGAAUUCACAUGUGAGGGGAUGUUGCAGAGAAUCAAUGCUUUCAUUGAAAAACAGGAUUUCUGCCAUGGGCAGGUGAUGUGGCCGCCUCUCAGUGCCCUGCAGGUGAAGCUCGCCGAGCCCGGACAGUCCUGCAAACAGGUGUGCCAGGAGAACCAGCUCAUCUGUGAACCUUCCUUCUUCCAGCAUCUCAACAAGGACAAAGACAUGCUGAAAUAUGAGGUGAUCUGCCAAAGCUCAGAGCUGGCCAAGGACAUCUUGGUGCCCUCCUUCGACCCCAAGAACAAGCACUGUGUGUUUCAAGGUGACCUCCUGCUGUUCAGCUGUGCGGGCGCCCACCCCAGGCACCAGAGGGUCUGCCCCUGCCGGGACUUCAUCAAGGGCCAGGUGGCUCUCUGUAAAGACUGUCUAUAGCGGCCACUGACUCGGCCCCACACGCACUCUGCUGGGGAAACGGUGGCCCCAACACCAUCGGGGCAGGGCCAGGGGGCAGACGUCAUUCAGGGACUCUCGCCAGAGCCUGAACUUGAUGAUGGAAGGUUUCAAUUUGGUAUUGCUCCUUCUGUGGUCAGAGCACCAUGGCAGAGUUUUCCCCAAAAUGAAACAAGAGCAGAUGUCAAGUGGGGAGCCUGGCUUCUCGCUGGCACAACUUCAUUUUUUAUUUCUUGAGGAGACUGUGUCUAUGAGGCUGCUCCGAGGUAGAGGGAGAGUCUCAAGAUGCAUUUAAAACAGAACCAGAGGAGGAAUGGAGCUGAGCUUGUCGGAAAGAACUUGAUACGGGAACAUUCCUAAACCCAUUAACUUAUUUAUUUGGGUGGGUGGGAGGGGGAACAGGGGAGGGCAAAGAGGGAUUGAUCACAUGUCUUGUUUCUUUGAUUUCCCACUGUUUACUGUCCACCUUCACUGUAUUAUUAUUCCCGUCUGCUUCCGGAAGGAAGCAGGAGGGAGACAGGGUGCACUGUGGGGCUGGUGGCUUGCUUGAGGGCAGCUGCGGGGAUCUGGCUCCUCAAAGUGGAUGGUGGCAGAACAAAAGAAAAUCUUGUGUGUGCUUGACAGAUGGCAGCUAGAAGACGGGCACCUCCUGGGUGCGGGGACGUGCCUGUGUUGUUCUGAGAGCCCAGCCAGGGACCAAAGAUGGGGCUGCUUUGCAGUGAGAGCUCCUUUCCUUGACCCUCCCACUUGCCCAUCACACACACACACACACACACACACACACACACACCUCGGCCCUAAUUUCUGAUGAGGAUCCCUUUGGGAAAGAAAGAACACGACUGGGGAAUUGACAUUUGCUACUUUGUGGUAAAUCUACCCUCCCUUAAAUGCCACUGGAAGGAGGAAAGUACAAAAAGGGGACUAAAGGUCAUGCUUAUUUACCCCUAAAGAGGUUUAUCUGAGCUGGGGUGUGGACACCCGUGAAGCUGGCCCCUGAGAACCAGUUCCACCACCAGAGCUGUGCUCCAGACAGAUGCGCUUGUGUCUAGUCCUUCUCAUGUCUCAUGUCACCGACGUCCCAGAAAUGAGGCUCUCAGUGGACCUGAUAUUGGCCGGGGGAAUAGGGCAGGCCAGGACGAAUGUGGUGGGCAGUCCUGGCCGCUCACCCUUGGGUGUGGGGGUGUGUGUCUUGCAUGGGGUUGGAGUCUGAUGCUGGCUCUUCCUCAAGGCGUGACUAUUCUGAGGGGCAUAUUCUGAGUUGGCAGGUUGGCCCCGUCAGUCAUUGGAUGCCCCUUCCAAACCCUGGAGUCCCCAGUCUCUGCCUUGGUGUGAGUUCCCCGCCCCCACCCAGCACUGUUUCAGUGCUCUGGCUAGAAGUGUGUGUGUUUCCUGUGAAGCCCCUGGCAUCUCCAUGCUGAUAACAAUGAGUCCUUUUCUCCCUCUUACAGAACAUCCCAGUUAUGAGCUGUGGUGUCAUCCAUCUAGCCCUCACUGGUGGUUUUGAGUGCCUUGGUCACCUAACACCGUGCUCCCCACCUCCCACAGCAGUCCUGUGCUUCCUAGCCCACUCCCUGCCAUCUGAGACAGCCAGCCCAGCCUCGGCCAGACAGAACUGUUCGGCAGGGCCGAUGGCUGGUUGGGCCUUCGGGAAGUGAGCUAAAUCACGAGGAUCACACGGCAAGUGGAGCCUUUAGGUAGCGGAAGUCAGAUUGUGCCUGCUUCUCGAUUCUUCCCUAGUGCAGAAGUAAUAUCAAAUGCACAGCCAGCCUUUUUUUUCUUAGUCUAUCAGUGGGUCUGAAUUGUACCUCUGAUCCCAGAGAGUGAAGGGGGUGAGGCGGAGCAGCCAAGGUCUUCCCCACCUCUCAGGUGGCUCCUGAGCACAUGUGACAGACUUCUGAUAGGGAGACCUCUGCCCUGAGCGUCAGUGCAGGGGCCCCUCAGGAACUAGCAGAGAACAGCUUCUACCUGGGCCCAGCAGCAAGGGUAUAAGUCCAAAGGGAGUCUUGGUUAUAGGGUGUGAGUGUGUGUGUGUCUGUGAGUGUGCGUGCAUACGUGUGUGUGUGUGUUCCUGAAGUUUUGCAAGGGCAAUGCCUGCUGUGAGAGAAGCAACGGCCUUCUGUGUUGUUAGGAGCAGUUCUUCCCUAGGAAUGGGUCUCUUGGUUUCACCCUAGGUUGUAGGAAUUUGCUUGAGUUCCCAGGGCUGCAUUUCCUGGGCCAGUGCCGCCCUCUCCUGGGCUUUUGUGGGAGCUUCCAAAAGUGAAGAUGUCAUGCAGGCAUUGGACCAGCAGGGGGAGCCUAUGGGCUGAGACCGAUUUCUCUAGCUCAGCCAGAUUAACCCAUUUUGCAGAGCUGUUUAAAUAAGCACAGGGACUCAGAAAACAAGGAAGUUGAAAGGCAACAUUCCCAGAAAGAUGCUUUGCCUGCAUGGUAUUCCAAAGGCUGCAGGGAUUUAUGGAUUUAUGGCUGUCCCGUUUGCUGAGCUCAGGGCCUCUCCGCCUCCCCAUUCCUCUCCUCUGUAUCAGGACUCAGGUCAAGCAGUCCAGCAGAGCACUUUAUUUCCUGCACUUGAAGAUCCCAGCUGCCCACCCCCCAGCCCAGUAGUGGCCAGAAGUAAGAAGAGUUCUGCAGGUGGGGAGCUGCUGCUUCCCAGGAAAACCCACACCCCAGCUGUCCAGGGCUUUAUGAACAGAGGCGGCAACACCCAAAUGUACAGCAGCUCCCAGGCCACCAGAAGCGUGGCCCAAGUCUGGUCUGUGACCCACAGGAGGAAAUUGGAGAGGGCAUCUCCAUCUGCACUGUGUGAAAGGGGCACGGUCCCUGGCUGCCCUGGGAGAGAAGGGUGCUUCUCAGAGUAGGAGCUGGGAGCCUUUGGUGGUUCUGCUACUGCCAAACUGAACGGAACCCUAAACCCAUUUUUAAUUGAUGAUUUCCACAGGGACAGAAAUCCCGAGUCAGGAUCAGUGUCUUCCUGUGUCCUAGGCACACCUUGCCUGGUCUGUAAGUUUUUGUAUGUUUUUUUUCUAAGUGAAAUUUGGCUUCCUGCUCCCCACCCCCCUGCAAUGUUAUCCUAAAGUCUUAAAAAAAAAAAAAAAAUGAGGGAAAUUUAUCUAAUUUAUUAAAAGAGAGAAAGCUUUCCUUUGAAACAUAAACACUUUGAGAAGUAAAACUCCUGAAAGGGGAAACACACUUACUUUAAUGCCAGUAAACACCUCAUGUAUCUCAUGUAUAUAGUUUGAUUUGCACAUGUACAAAUGGAGAUACUUUUUGCAUUUUUGCCUGGAUUGGGUUUUUGUCACUGCUUUAGUUGGCUUUUUUGUGUGUGUUUGCUCUAUGUUUCGAAAUAUUAGGAAUCUGUUUCUUUGAUAUUUAUUGUUUUCACUUUUGAUGUGCCUUUUCACUUUUCUUUGGGAUUGGUUUUUAGAAUCUGGGUACCAUUUAAGGAAAAUCACAGACUCCUCCAGCUUAGAAGACACAUCCUUGUAUCACUGCAGAUGUGCAGGCUGGGCUCCAGAAAUGCCCUCCAAGCCCCCUGGGCCACAGCAUAAAUGCCCACACACCCGUACGAGGCCACAGGAACCCUCAGGAGAAGGACUGGCUUCCUCCAGACCAGUCUGUGCCUCCCUGGCUGCUCCGGGUCUUUGGCUCUGAGGACAGCUGGUUGCCAGUGUGCUAGUGGGCCCGUGCUGCCUGCCAGCCAUGCCCUGGGUGAGGUCUGAGUUCAUGAGCAGCACUAGCCCCAAAACACUUUUUCUGAUCAUAAAGGGAAAAGAAUAGGCACCCUUUUUGUUUCCUUAGGGAACACAGGGUUUAGUAAAGGUGAUGAAACCGUAUGCUGUGUACAGGUGCGUUUGUGCUUUUUAGACCAGACUGAGGGAGGCCACCCCAUUUCUCCAAGGUGGUUUACCUAGAUUGUGUAUAUAAUUGGGACAGUACUAGCCUCUUCCAUGACCCCCAAAUCCUUGAUUAAAAAAAAAAAAAAGUCUAUUUUGUUAACGACAGGCUCUGUUGUGUUACUAUUCCAAGCCUGGAUUGCUUUAUUUAUUUGAAAGUAUUUUAUUUUCCAUAUUGGCUUCAUUCUAAUCCCAUCCAUCCCAUAGGGCUGCAGCGCGCCCCCCC